AUGUCGAUUAUUUUUAAUGCUUCGCAAUAUGAAGAUGCAUACCGACCAAAGAGACUUGGAAAUUGGGAAAUUCCUAAUCUAAAAACGUUCGACGGAUUUACUGAAAUCAUAGCUGAUAAUCGAGGACAUCUCAAAGACAAUAAAAGAGAUUCCAAAUUUUCGUGGAGUACGUAUAUUGGCACGUGGGAUCUUCCUAAAAGCAUUCCUGGAAAUCAUGUAAGUACAAGAACAAGCAGAAGUGCUAAAGCAGUCGAAAAAUUGGAAAGUGGCUUGCAUACAGCUAAUGAAACUAUUGUCCAAUGUCUUCAGAGAAGACAGAAAAAUCAGGUUGUUUCAAAUAUAUAAAAAUAGAAAAAUGAGGACAAAGUUGUAGUCGUAAAAACAGAGGAAAGCGUUAAACCGGAUGUGUUGACAAUCGAAAAAAACGAGGAAAC